GUAGGUAUGUAUGUAUGACCUUUGUACCCUUCUUGCCCAACUCCAAGCAGGUUGGAUUGUUACAUUUUAUCUGCCAGUUCUUCCUUAGUGGCUUGUGAAAAUAUGUUUGAAGACAUCCUGCAGGCUCCUGUUUUGUUCUCUUUGUCGGGGACCUUCGCCACUUUGCUGGCCAUCCGUCUUCUCUUGAGCUUCCGAAGCCAACCUAAGUUGGUUCCUCCGGGGCCCAGACGGCCCAGACGGCCCAGACGGCUCCCCCUGCUCGGUAACCUGCUCCAGGUGGAUCUCAAAAGACUGGAUGAGUCUCUUCUCAGUCUGUCCAAAACCUAUGGACCGGUUUUCACCGUCAAUUUUGGACCCAAGAAGGUGGUGGUCUUGGCCGGGACCAAGGCCAUCAAACAGGCUCUCAUCAACCAUGCCGAGGAGUUCGGGGAGAGAUACAUCACUCCGAUAUUCCACGAUUUCUCCCAAGGACAUGGCCUCACAUUUGCCAACGGGGAUUCAUGGAAGGAAAUGAGACGUUUCACCCUGACGACGCUGAGAGACUUCGGGAUGGGCAAGAGGCUCAGUGAGGAGAAAAUCAUCGAGGAGUGUCACUUCCUCAUCGAAGAAUUUGAACAACACAAAGGCGAAGCCUUUGACAACUCAAAAAUCAUUAGCUACGCAGCUUCCAAUAUCAUCUCGGGGAUCAUGUUUGGAAAGAGGUUUGAAUACGAAGACAAGGUUUUCCAAGAGAUGAUAGAGAGAGACCACGAGGCCAUCUACCUGUCUGGAACGGCUGCUAUCUUGCUCUACAACAUGUUCCCACGGUUGUUCUGUUGGGUCAGAACCCGGAAAUUGCUUCUGAGCAACCGCGACAAGAACAUGAAGGAGGUGCGAGAGCUUCUCCGCCAACGGAAGGAGAAGCUCAACCCUGAAAUGUGCACGGGGCUUGUCGACUGCUUUUUUGUCCGCAAGCAAAAAGAAGAGGAAGGGGGUGUUGAGUCAAGCCACUUCACGGAAGAAAACAUGAAUUUCGUCGUGGGCAAUCUGUUUGCUGCGGGCACCGACACCACCUCCACCACACUCCAGUGGGGCUUGCUGCUCAUGGCCAAAUAUCCAGAAAUACAAGAGCGCGUGCACGAGGAGCUGAACAAGGUGAUCGGAAACAGGCCGAUUGACGUCGAUGACCGCAAGAACCUUUCGUACACCAAUGCCGUCGUCCACGAGGUUCAGAGAUUCAGCAACAUCGCCCCCAUGGCCAUUUUGCACCAAACCACGCAGGACAUCACCUUCCAGGGCUACUUCAUCAAAAAGGGCACCGCUGUGGUUCCUCUGCUCACUUCUGUCCUCUACGACAAGAGUGAAUGGGAGACGCCAAACACCUUCAACCCUUCCCACUUCCUGGAUAAGGAGGGUAACUUUGUCAUGAGGGAUGCCUUUUUGCCCUUCUCGGCAGGUCGCAGGGUUUGUCUUGGUGAGGGUCUGGCCCGCAUGGAGCUCUUCCUCUUCUUCACGUCUCUCAUGCAACACUUCCACUUCACUCCUCCUCCCGGAAUUUCCGAGGAUGAGCUGGAUUUGAAGCCCAUGGUGGGCGGCACCAACAAUCCCAUGACCCACCAGCUAUGUGCCGUCAGGCGCGAGGGAUGCACAAAUGCUGUUCUCAGUGGUCCUUAAAAAUCCUAAUUACUCCCUGUAUUUUAUUUUUUAUUUUUUGUAAUUGCUCACCAGAAUGAGGAAUCUUGUAUCUCACAUCUUAUGGAUUCUUUACUCAAUAAUAACUCAAUGUGGCAUUUUUUAUUCAAUGAUGCACCUUACAUUUAAAAUACAUCUCAUAAAUAAAACACAAACAAA